AUAAUGGAGCGGGACCUUGUGCAGCAACUGGCCCCAGACCUUCUCUACUUCGACUCCAUCGAAUAUGUCUUGCAGACAAAGAAGGGCGCCCCCUUUUUUGAGUGUUCCCCCAUCUUGUACGACGUUAGCGGGAUCAGCAGCUGGAAAAAGAUAUGUUCUGGACUGAUUCGGAUGUACGAGGGGGAGGUUAUGUGCAAACUGCCGAUUGUGCAGCACUUUUUGUUUGGUUCUUUAUUCCCUUUGUCUUGA